UACCUACAGUCCAUACAUGUGCAGGUUAGAGCCGAAGCAAAGUAAACAAUAACACAACCGUGCGGGAAAACGGAGUACACGCUUCACACAAAUUACUUUUUGAUCCAUAAUGCAAACAAUCUCACUCCCACAAUCUCAUUGUACUGUACCUAAGAUUUGAACAAAAGAGAACAUCCAACUCGAAUAUUAUACUGCUACAUUUCUAAAUCGGAGAGGAGGAUCUCCACAUCAAUUCGCAUCUCAAAUUGCGACAUUCAUUUUCGUCUUAUCGCUCGGGUUGCCCUAUCAACUGACAGCACAUUUCAAUACGAAUUCUGGGAGAGUCCCAUUCUGCCAUUCUGCCAUUCAGGGUAGGUAAAUGAAGACCGGCGCAUAGGUAACAACUCGACAGCAGCCUUUAUGUAUGCCAAUACGGAAACUUGCUUCGAUGGUGUAAUACGAUAUCCAACCUUUUAAGUCGCCGCAUGUUGAAGUUGGGAAUUGGUCUUGAUCAAGGUGCGCAUCUAAUAUUCUUUCCCAAGACGAAUCGUACCUCACAAUUCAUUUUCGCGCAACACAUUUCAUUACUGAGGCUGGGAGGGAGCCACUGACACCAUGGGACAUAUUAGACCAUGCCUUCCCCCGAACCCGACACGGAUGAGAUAGCACCGGCCAAGCCCAAGACUCCGGCUGCCCCUCCGAGGACGUCUCCCAAAAAUACUCCCAAUGGCGCAUCUAAUCGAAAGCCGGGCGUUAAGCCACGGAGUCCCGCCAGCGUACCAAUGCACAAGCGACCACUGACGAAGAAGGCAGAGCCGACGUUGCUAAGUGAUUUUCUGCUGGGCAGACCAACAGCAAGUCGCCAAAGGCGAAAAAGUCUCGACGCAGUCAAGGCUGAGAUGCGCGAGAGCACUGUAAAUAGGAUUCAGAAGCCAGGAGGGGUACAUGAUCGGGUUAAGCAAUGGCAAAAGGCUAGUGCAGCAGCUGUCAUUGAAGAGGACGAUGAUCCAGAGUCAGUGCUGGAUGAGAUAAUAGUAGAAGUGGAGGAGGAUAGUGUUGUUGGGCCCAGUGUUGUAACCGAAGACAACAGGCUCCAUGUCAGGAAUCAGAAUAUCCGACCUGGACGACGGAAAAGUAGGGAUCCUGAAAGUUGGGCCGCAGAAGUAAGGAGCAAGAGUGCGCCUCGCAAAAGAGUUAUAAGCGAUGAUCAUUGGGUGAUAAAUAAGCACAAGACCUCUCCGAAGAAAAGAGAAAUCAAAGUGACGACGCGUGCUAUACCCAAGGACUUUCUCAAGCAAACGGCUGCCAAUCCCAAGUUGGAGAGUAAAAUCGCUGAUUGGGUGAAGCGUACGGAGGCUGAAGCGAAGAGCCAUGGGGGGGCCCAAUCUACUUCACGAGUAAGCAAGACUCCACAGCCGGAAAUUCGCGGGGGAAAUAGAGGAAAGAUGAGGGCCAAGUCUUUAGGAGAGAUUAUAGUUGAGAUUGAGGAGGAUUCAAACCAGAAACCUUCAAAAAACGGAUUAAUAAUCGAGUCGAGGAACAGCCCAAGCUCACGGAAGGCUUCGAACAACGGAUCUAAGGAGAGCCUCAUUAGUUCAUCGAAAGGAAAACAGAUUCCUGAAUCAGAACCAUCCAGAACUUCAGCUAACGAUUUCAUUCGAGUCAAGCCAUGGGGGCCAAGUGGGCGAUGGGAGGAUGGCAGUCGAGUGAAGCCUGUUCAGGCGAGAUGGAGAGCUCCGGAGGUUAAGAAACAGAGUUCCGGGAGUAAUCCAUUUCUCGACGGUAUUAGCUUAAAGCCAGUACCUGUCCAUAAGGAGGACAAGCAAGCUUCUCUGAAACCAGAAAGGUCUGAUGAACAUUCGCUUCAUAAACGUAAGUCAUCAGAGAAUCAUCAUAAGCCAGCAAAAGAGACCGAAAUAAAAGGUAUGCGCGGCCAUUCUGAUGGCGAACUCGACCACGCGAAUGCGCAGACCCCUGCUCGUCGUUCUCCAAGCUUCAGAAAACAUACAAGGAAAUCCCAUUCGCCUUCCCGGUCAGUGGAUGAGAUUCCCUUUGGCGACUCUGCUUUUAGUACCUUGGAUCUCCCUAUCGGUGCCGAGGCUGGCAACACCGGUAAUAAACCUAAACCCCAGAGGAAUCCUAGUCAUCUAGUACCAAAAGUCCUCAAACGCGUUUACAAUGAAGGGAAGAAGAUUAUUCAAGAUACGCAUGAGACUCCUGAAAUGCCUCCAAGGGGUGGUGUCAAUCAGCCUCCAACAAUUGAGUCUUGGCUCAAUAAUACCACAGAUCCUUUUCUUGACGUGCCAAGUACUGUUCCAACUCCAAAUUUGCCGGAAGAAUCUACGAAAGACGAUGGUAAUAAUGGGAAGCAUACUCCCAAAAUUGGCCACGAUCCAAAACAAUCACUUGAGGAGGAACGUAAACGAGCGGGAAGUAGACAAAAACGUGUGCGAAAGGCUUCGGAUAACAGCUUCAGAAGUAGUAACGAUAAGUCACCUCUGGGCCGUGUUUUGGAUGAUCCGAUUGAAUUCAAGAAGCCUCCCACUCCACCAGCAGCUGGACUCCGAAGAAGCCCAGCUCUACGUACGGCCUCUUCUCCCGUAGUCAGGUCUGCACGCAAAUCACCUCUCAAGGAUGCUUUGCUGGAUGCAUUCCGAGGUGAAUCUACAUUUGAGGGUAUUCUAGACCCAGAAGGUGAUGAUUACGACCAAGAAAAUGGAAACUAUGAUUUAGACGACUUUAAGAAUCCGAAUCGUGGAUUAAAGACACCCGAGAAUGAUAACUCUCGACGCAGUCGUUCAUCUGGUACACAUCUUGAAGUGCCGAGCCACCAUCGAGAUAUCUCAGACAGGCCUAGAAGAAAGAGAAGGAGUGGACACUCUGGUGACCAUCACUUGUCAGCAAUUGCAUCUGUAGAAACCUUCAGCACUCUUUCGUCUCUAGACACUUCAUCCAAUCUUACUAAAACUACUCUUACACAAGCAACUACCGAGACCGGGAGGUCCGACUCCAACGUCUCACGCAGGAGAAGCAAUAGAUCCGGACUUAAAAGAAGACUGACGAAACAUUCUGACCUAGUAUCUAUGCUAUCCUUGCCCGAUGCACCAUCAACUAGCCGAACAAAAAGUAUCAGAUCAGCUCGAAGUGUGCGUACCGCUCGAAGUAAUUUAGAGACUGCUACUGAACGGGAUUUGAUGCGUGAAUUGGCUGGUGAUGAGGUGAAAUAUAUGAGAGAGUUGAAAACGUUGGUUGAUGGGGUGAUCCCGGUACUUCUCACUUGCGUUCUCUCCAAAUCAGAUUCGGCCAUUGCUGCCGGCCUCUUCAACCCCGACGCUACAGACAUGAAUGAAACAUUCCUCACCAAACCAAUUGUUGACAUGGGUGUUGCUCUCGAGCGUCUGAAGAGUCUACACAAACGUAUACCACUUGAGGAUCCAGAUGCUCUUAUAGUCUGGCUUCAGAGAGCUCAUCGCACUUAUCAAGACUACACUCGUGCUUGGAGAUUAGGUUUCCAGGAUGUUAUUGUGAAUCUAGCACCUGCUUCUCGCACGGCAUCGGCAGAAGAAAAAGAGGGCUCAUCACUUGACAACAUCCCACGCAAUGCUGAUGGGGAUAUUGUCAACUCGAAUGGUGAGCGUGUGGAUGUUGCUUUCUUACUCAAGAGACCCCUCGUGAGAAUAAAAUAUCUUGCAAAGUUAACAAAGGUUUGUCUUCCAGUCCUCUUAUAACUUUUUCCUCGGUAAAUGUUAUUAGCUGUAUCCUAACUCAUUAUAGGGCCUUGACAAACUCAACCAUUCGGAACUCUCAGGCAAAGCUCUGAAAACAUUUGACAAUUUGCAAGAAAUGGCCCGCCGUCGUGUUAAAGAGGAACAUGCUAGACUCGAGGAUCUCUAUGCCAACAACACUGACGCAACUCGAGCUCGUAAUCCGCAAACACUAGCUCCAGUUGAGGAUGUUCAUAUCGACCGUACCAGACAAGUCUCGGCUAAAGAUUUUUUCGAUCUCGAUUUUCCACACUCUAAUGGUCAACGAAUUGAGUGCCGUGUAGAGUUGAUACUUCGGGAUAAUCUUUCAGAUGAAAUCGACCCAGGAGAUGUUCUGAUCUGUGCAUCAGAGAUCACGCCGGAGGCUACACAUCGCUACUUACUAUUUCCUCCCAUUAACAGAGAUUUUAUAUCCGCUUGCGCCGGUGAGAAACCUGGUGAGGUCAUAAUCAUGAUUCGUGGUAUACAAAGACCCAUAGAAUGGCGAGAGAGUCUGCUUCUUAGGGGUGCUGAGCCUGAUACUGCGGCCGAGUGGAUUGGCAUGUUAGGCUCCGUCCCAAUGCCUCAACCAGUUUUGAGCUCGAUACCAGAUAACACAGAUACAGUAUCAAUGAUGUCUAUGGAUGCAUCCGAGAUAAGUGAGGCAGGCGAUCCUGAUGAUAACGACUUGCCAAUUGGUGCUCGCCGAAGAAGAAGAAAGCAUCAUUCGAAGGAGAGACCACGAUCUACAACCUUUUCUACCAUGUCGUCUGUCGAAAUUCCAGCGCCCCUGAAGAUAGAUCGCAAAGAAACAUCAUCUCCAUCACGAAGACAUCGAGAUGUUUCUCUUGACGAGAUAACUGGUCAAUCACACAUGAGACGUUCCAAAUCAUCAAGACAUCAAUCUCAUACACGUACCCGAUCUACACCAAGUUCACCUCUGUCAAGCCAACUUACGCUUGACAACUCGGACGAUGAAAGCAGAGAAAAUGAUGACUUUGGCGAAUUUGGAAGUCGAGCAUCUACACCAGGCAAGACAUCUCGCCGACCUCUCACGCCAUCCGAAGAACUACCUCAUAUCCCGAAAGUUCGCAAAACAAGCUCAGCUGCUUCGAUUGAUAGCACUUCUACCACAAAAGAUAACAUUCGACGCCAAUCAUAUGACACAAUAGAUUCUCACGAAACAUCUACACGAUCUCGCAGCCCAGAACAAACUGAAGAGGACAGUGCUCCACCACCGCCUCCUGCCCAUAGAUCGAUGUCCCCGAGCGGCCUUAAGCAACCAGUCAUUAUUGAGCCCCCCGCACCAAAAUCAAGGUCUCGACGCACUUCCUCUCCACUAAAGCAUGAGUAUCGACCUUCUGAUAUAUCCGACAUAUCAGAGAGAUCUGAGGUGUCAGAAGAAGUUUCUGAAAUCUCCUAUUCAUCAUCGGAAGAAUCUGAUACAGAAGAAGAAGAGUCGACAUCCAGUUCUGAUGAAGAUGAACUCGAUGAACUUGAUGAACUUGAAGCUGCUGAUCUUCCAGAGGCAGAGCCCGCUCCGACUAUUUAUGGUAGACGUGCUAUUUCACCUACCACCUCUCUCUACAGUCUGCCAAAUGUCACUCUGGCACCUGUGAACUCCACACCUCGAAUUCCGAUUGUACACAAGGUGGACAACACAGAUAUUAGAAGACACGUUGCCACUGUCUCAACUUGGAAUAAUGCUAAAGGCCGUUGGGACGAUGUACAUUCGAAAUCUUGUUCGAUUAUUAUCCGUCCGGGAUUAAUCGAAGUAUAUGAAAUGUCAUCCAGGCAUUCCUCCCCGGCAGUACUCUCAACCAUUCAAGAGUCCGUCGUAGAAGGUUCAGAUGACACAAGUAAAGAGGACAAACGGCCAUUGCUUGGCCAGGUACUGACACCUGUUGUUACACUAAGGCAAAGCAAUUCUCUCGAUAUCGAAAUACAUUCUCCCCCAACAACUGACUCGCGAGUUAAUUGCAGCCCUACGAUCAGAUAUCACAGUUUGCACAAUCCUGCAUGUGUUGAAUUAUACAAUUCAAUUCACAUGGCUCGCAUGAAUAAUCCAACAUAUAAGAAGCUUGAAGAAGAACGACUACUCAACUCAUAUGGGGAUGCACCUUACGAAACUGCAGUUGUCAGCAAGAAACGCAGCUUCUUAAGCUUUGGUCGUAAGAGGAGCUAUCGUGCAUCAACGCGUGCACCAUCAGUUGUCAACUCGGAUCAAAGUAGCUCCCCAUCUAUUUCACGUCUUUCGGAAUCCUUCAAAAGAUUAACCGGCAGUUCAUUUUUCAAUAUCGCAAAAUCAUCUAUAGAAUCAGGACGUGGAUCUAGUCCAUCAAGUCUUUACACUGGUUCCUCGGGCCUCACUCCACCUCGGACACCUCAUCCCGCAAGUCUGGCAGGUACCUCGACGUCAUAUGGAGGCGUCAAUUUAACCUCGGAGAACCUCAAAAUCCGUCUCUAUUAUUUAGAAACACGAUCCAAAUGGCAAGAUUGUGGAAAUGCCAGAUUAACAGUUACAGAACCACCACCGGGUAUGCGACAAGCUUGUGCUGUAGACCAGGGCAUUGAACGUCGUAUUCUUGUUACGCGAAAAGCAAUGAAAGCAGAGAAUCCAGAUGAAAAGGUGGAGGUGUUAUUAGAUGUUGUGCUCGGUGCGAAUUGUUUUAGUAUGAUUGGAAAUAAGGGAGUUACUUGUAAUAUAUGGGAAGAUAUCGUAGGACCUAAUGGUGAGAUUGGAAUGGUGGGAGCUAUUGGGAGAGUAAGUGGGAGAACGAGGAAGUGGUGUUUCCAGGCAGGAAGUGUGCCCCAGGCAAGCUGGAUAUACAGUUUGGUUGCUGUGGGAAGAUAAAAUUCGAGGGGAAGAUGGGAAGAGGGAAAGAGGGGAAGAUAGGAAGAGAGGGGUUGACUAUAGGCGUUUAUGACGAGACAGUCGUUGAUGGUUUUAGAGAUACCACUUUUGCUUUUUCAUAUUUCGAGUUUUGGCAUUGCCUCUUAAUUCUUUUCUUUGUAAGUGUGUUAAGGGGGAGUAUGAUAUCUGUGGGAUAGUUUUGCAUGUAUGAAUGUAUAUAGGGGGACAGAUCAACGACAAAUAUCAAUGAGCAAGCGAGCGAUGCAUUAGAGGAAGUAUAUUUGACGGCAUGCAUAUAAAUGGAUGGAAAGGGCAUGGAUGGUUGGUAGGAAGGAUGGAUGGAAUAGUGAAUAUCAAUGGUGGAUUUUGAUCUGGGCGUUUCAUGAAUGAAUAGGAUGGAUAUUCUUUGUAUAUUAUAUGUGGAAGGAAGGAAUGGAUUUCUUGAUACCUUCUUUACUUUUACUUGAAGAAAGGAAGGAAGGAAGGAAGGGAGAAAACAAUGAAUGGAUAUAAUUUUGCGAUGACGCGAGAAGGAGGGGAGGUGGCAAAUGAAGCGAGAGGAGGGUGGAUGGAUAUACAGCGGAGGAACAAAAGAGAGGAAGAAGAAGAAGCACUAACGCUCGAAACACAGCACAACAUGAACGAACGAAAUUAACCAAGAAACCGAAAAACGUAUAUACAUUUUAUACGGGAAUCCUUACCUCUACUGGAUCUUUUGUUGGGAGACUGACUGAAUUAAGGCUGUGACCUGGAUUCAGAGGGCAUACGAGGGUUUUGGGAGGUUUUUUUUGGUGGGAAGCGGGGGUUGAGUUUGUUGUUUUGUUUGGAGGCGGGGAGAAAAGGUGGCUUGGG